AUGAUAUUUUCUUUACAUGAAUUAGUACAUUGGCUGGGACUGACAAUUUUUGAAAUAUGGAUAAAUUUAGUUUCAUUAACAAUCUUCACUGUGUUAUUAGCUCUUAAGUUGGAUGAUAAUUAUUUCUUGGGUCAUACAGGAUGGUGGAUAGUAUUUUCACCACUUUUUGUUGCAGAUGGUUUGAAUACUUAUUUUUGUGCAAUUAUUUUCAUAAGAAUGCAUUUGGAAGGAAUGACUAAAGCUGCUAUUUUAAGAGCAUUAUGGAGUAUUAUAUUAUUACUUUUAAUAUUUGUGUUUAAAUAUCUUUUGUGUAAAAAACUAUCAGGUCAAAGUCCUUUAGAAUAUUCAGAAGUUUUAAGUCCUAUUUUUAUUCUUUUGCAAUUAAUUGCAGUUAGAGCAUGUCAACUUCAUUGACUAUUGCAGAAUAUUAUUAUCUAUAAAUACAAAAUUCCAAUAAAAUAUUCAUCUUAACUAUUAUGUAUGUAAAUAAUUUAUAUAUAUAAUAUAAAUAAUUAUUACCAAACUGUUCAAAUUAUUCAUGUCUUAUUUCAUUAUCUUAGUAAUAAUAUUGUUACAAAAAUAAAGAAAUUAUAAUGUGAAUAAUAGAAUUGUAUUUAAAAGUUUAAUUUGAUAAAAACAAUAUAAAUAUAAUAUUGUAAUAAAGAAUGAUUUAUUUAUA